AUGCCCUCCAUCUUCACCUGGCUCCGGCGAGUCUACUCGCUGGACACCCUCGACACUCGCUUUACCUCAACCGCAACACCCGACACGCGACGUCCCGCCAAAGAUUCCCGCGCCAAUGCAAUCGCCCAAGGCGCGUCGCCAUCACUAUGGCGCACCCCGGAAUUCUUCAUCUACUAUAUAUUCUUCAUUGUCCUAGUGCCAUUGAUGUUUAAGACCGUCUCAGAUGCAUCCAAAGACGACCACCCGAUCUACUCGAAAUAUUCAGACCUCCUAUCCCCCGGUUGGAUCCCCGGCCGUCUGGUCGUAAGUGAACCAAACACAUGCGCGCUGCCUACAGCCACAGAUCCCGAUCGAACUAACCCGUCGCCAUGCUUCCAGGACAACUCCGACACACAAUAUGCGAGCUUCCGCGAUAACAUCCCCCCUCUCCUCCUCCUGCUCAUCGCACACCCACUACUCCGACGAGUCUACCAAAGAUACGCAAACCGCGGAAAGACUGAAACAAAGCCGUCGAGUCAUGCCGUGGCUGGCGCGAGCGUUGCCCGAUUCGAACAACGGAUGCACUUCGACUUUUGCUUCGGACUGGUCUUUAUCACUGCUCUGCACGGAGUUUCGGCCCUGAAGGUGCUUUUGAUCUUAUAUAUCAACUUCCGCAUCGGCAAAGAUGUUCCUCGUUCUUACGUACCCGCCGCCACUUGGGGGUUCAACCUGUGCAUUCUGUUUGCCAAUGAACUAUUAGGUGGCUACCCACUUGAAAGGAUAGCGAAGGUCAUUGCGCCAGGAUCUGGAUCUACAAUUGAGGAAACCAGUAGCUUGGUUCAAUGGGCUCAAACCCUAGAUGACCUUGGAGGACUCAUGCCACGAUGGGAAGUCCUCUUCAAGGUUACCGUGUUGCGUCUCAUCAGCUUCAACAUGGAUAACUACUGGAGUGUGGACUACCCGGCGGCAAGCCCAAUUGAACAGCUUGACCCUGCGUCCCUUUCCGAUCGUGACCGUGUCAAAAUACCCGCAGAACCCACGGCUUUCACUUUCCGCAAUUACAUUGCCUACGUGCUCUACUCUCCAUUGUACCUAGCUGGUCCGAUUCUAACAUUCAACGACUAUGCAUCCCAACAGCGAUACAAAGCUACAUCAGUCAACCGUACUCGCACAGUGAUGUAUGGCAUCCGUUUUGGCCUCACUCUACUCUGCAUGGAGCUUAUUCUCCACUACAUUUACGCCGUUGCAAUUUCCAAAGCCAAUCCAGAUUGGUCUCUAUUCAGCCCAGGUCAACUGAGCAUGCUGGCUUUCUUCAACCUACACAUCAUCUGGCUGAAACUCCUCAUCCCGUGGCGAUUCUUCCGCCUCUGGGCUCUUGUGGAUGGCAUCGAUCCACCCGAGAACAUGGUGCGGUGCAUGUCCAACAACUAUUCCGCGUUCGCAUUCUGGCGAGCCUGGCACCGCUCUUACAACCGGUGGAUCGUGCGCUACAUCUACAUCCCACUCGGCGGAGGCGGCGGUGGUCAGCGACCACCCGGAGCUCCUAGACCCGCAUCACCUCCAAAGUCUGGCUUCAUGAGCAAAUUCUUGCAGAUCCGAAACUUCCUGAUGGUGUUCACAUUCGUGGCUCUGUGGCACGAUAUCAACCUCCGGUUACUGAUGUGGGGCUGGCUCGUUACUCUUUUCGUUCUCCCAGAAGUUUUGGGCGGUAUGCUGUUCCCUGCUCAUCGUUGGCGUUCUCGCCCAACUGCGUACCGUGUUAUUUGUGGCAUUGGCUCUGUUGGAAACAUCUUUAUGAUGAUGGUUGCAAACCUGGUUGGUUUUGCGUUAGGCCUGGAUGGAUUGAAAGAUCUACUUGCUGGCUUAACGGGUUCCUACUCAGGUCUGGCAUACUUGGUCUCUUGUUGCGUGGUGCUCUUCGUCGGUGUCCAGGUUAUGUUUGAAGUUCGCGAGGAUGAGCUCCGCAUGGGCAUCAACCUCAAGUGUUGA